CCUCCACCUUCAACGGCACGAGCGUGUGCGGCGUGCUCGGCAGCGCGCCGCCCACCAUCCAGCUUCCAGAGGGGCUCGACCUCGCCACCCUCGGCUCGCUCGCGAAUGACCUGCUGCCGCCGGCCAGCCGCCGACUGUCCGAGCCGACGACGGCUUCGGCCGACGCCUCGUGCUGGCUGGCCGACGCCGUGCUCGAGACGUGCUGGUCGUCAGACGCGGGCAGCCUGCUCGAUGUGCUGCUAUCCACCUUUGGCUUGCCCUUUAGCGUGGCGACGAUCCGCGCCAACAUCACCGCGCUCAACGAGACGCUCGGCGAGGUGGACGUGACGCAGGGCUUCAACAUCUCUGAGGCGAGCGUUGUCGACGAGUUUGGGGACUAUCUCGCCGGCAAGGAGCCCGCCGACUUUGGGCUGCCCUGCCCCGCCGAGGGCCAGAGCGGCAACGACUACUGCGCCGAUGACAACACCUGCGGUGGUGCCGACGAAUGUUGGUGUGGCGGCUGCAAGCCGUGCAAUGGCAUCUUGUGCAACGGGGUGGAUCCCCGGCCGACCUGCGACUCCGUAUACACCGACAACGUCAUACCCGCAUACGGCAAGACGGCGAAGCAGAUGUGCGACGAAGUCAGAGCCACCAUCGACGACCUCCAGACCGAUGCCGCGGUCGUGUCGAGCGAGGUUGCCAUCCUCACCGAGACCUUCAACGCAGCCAGCUCCAACCUCAGGGCCCUCACCGGCUCGCUGGUCGCCGCGCUCGACGGCGCCGUCGACGACGCGCUGCUCCUCUCCGACUGCGCGUGGGUGAGCGCUGACGUCGACGCCGCCCUUGACUCGCUCGAGAGCCUCUCGGCGACGCUCUAUGUCGCGGGCGGCUUUGGCUUCCUCCUCUGCGCGGCGCUCCUCUUCCUGUACAUGCCCAGCGCCAUCGCCGUCCAGAUCGUGCACGGCGGCGUCGGCAAGCAGCCGGGCUGCCCGACCUUCUGCCGCUCCGUCGCCUGCUGCGGCGCCGGCCACGGGCGCGGUGCGUCGGUGCAGGACAUGGACAUGGACGGCACUAUGGUUGUCGACAUGGAUGGCGCGCCGCAAAAGUCGAGCCUGCGCGCGAGCAGUCAGCGGUUGUGACGAGCCCGCGCAGGCGGCAGAAACGUGACCCCCGCGCCGGGAGAGCGGGCGCGCCCUCUCGCAUGUUGACUAGGCGGCGUGGCCCUAGUGCCCGGCCGGAGCACCAGAUAUGGAGCUUCCCUUCUCUGGAGCCAGCGCAGGCUUGCGCGCUCGUGUGUGUUGCGGGCCGCACGUCUCUCGUCCGCAUCGUCGUAACCUACCUCAUGAGCUACCUUUACGAUGACCCCACAGCGAAGGCUGCGUGGCCAGACCCGUUCUCCGUUUUGAUUUUUGUGGGUUCUGAGGGCCGGAGUUUUUAA